AUACAAUUUCUUUCACAUAUUCUUCCGCUGAUUUAAGUAAUUUGCUUACAUGCAAUGAAUUUAGAAUUUUUUUCUUUUCCAGGACGGUUACUAACGGACAAACUGGAAACGUUGGUAACGGCACAGCUGGUCUUGGAGGGGCACUACCUGUGACACUUUUUCCUCAAGCAGCUGGGUUACUGAAGAACCGCCGACUUUCUGAUUCAAUUGAUGUCACGAAGCAGGAAGUGGACAUUUACUUAAAUCGUGGCCUAUUAAAACGUGAAAGUUCUACAGAAAGCGACGAACUUAUUGUGCCUAAUAGUAAUGUAAUUAGCAUACAUAAAUCUUCAGACAUCCUAAAGAAUUGUACGAUUACGAAAAUCUUGAAUGAUGACAAUCCUGGUUCACCAUUGCCAAUAAUCUUGCAAGUGAAACAUCAACGAAGUCCCGGUAUACCAACAUCUCCAAGUCCCCCAGUUACUAAAACCAGGGAGCUUCCUCCUGCUAGUGCAGUAAUUGCACAAGCUUAUUCCAGUCACGUUCUCGCACAAAGUUAUGAAAAUCUUGCUGCACAGUACACUACAGCAGCUACACCGCAAUAUCAAGGUCAGCCAACUACUAGUGUAUACAUGGUAACUACACAACCUGACUACAGAACACUACCAGACUACUACACUGAACAAAUUCGACACGACCUGGCAGCAACGGUGGCCUCUAGUGUGCCUGGUUAUACAGAUACAACAGAUACAGCUGCAUUUGUCGAUCGAUAUAUUCGACAAGCUGCAGGUUUCAAAGGAACUAUACACGGACUUUCUGUAGAUCUUCCAUCCCCGGACAGUGGAAUAGGUGACACAACUAUCACUCCAAAAGAAAAUGCUAGCCUACCACAAGUCGAGAUCUUCGAUUAUUCUGAUCUUUCUCAAGCAGCAACUAUUCUCCAGACAGAACCUACACCGAGUCCGAGUAGGCCGGCAAGUUCGCAAUCUGGAUCCUCCAAAAGGUCUUGGCAUGAUUACGGUCGAAACUCCGAGGCUGAUAGAGUACAGAUUCCUAAACUACAAUCUGACGUAGGGUUUCGGUACUUCCUUGAAUCUCCAAUAUCCACCAGCCAACGACGAGAAGACGACCGAAUAACUUACAUCAAUAAAGGACAAUUUUAUGGAAUAACAUUGGAAUAUUCUCCUGAUCCUGCAAAACCGCUCAAGUGUGGUACGGUUAAAUCUGUGAUCAUGUUGAUGUUUCGGGAAGAGAAACCCGCUGACGAGGAAUUAAAGGCCUGGCAGUCCUGGCACAGUCGGCAGCACUCCGUCAAGCAAAGGAUUCUCGACGCAGAUACCAAAAAUAGUACAGGGCUUCUUGGUCAAAUCGAUGAAAUUACUCAUAAUGCAAUUUCUUUCUAUUGGAACCCUCUCGAGAGCCCUGCAAAGGUGAACGUAGCAGUGCAAUGCUUGAGUACCGACUUCAGCAAUCAGAAAGGAGUGAAGGGUCUUCCACUGCAUCUUCAGAUCGACACUUUCGACGAUUUCCGAGAAAGUGCACCACCUCAUCACCGAGGUUAUUGCCAAAUCAAAGCUUUCUGUGAUAAGGGUGCUGAACGUAAAACGAGGGAUGAAGAGCGUAGAGCUGCCAAAAGGAAAUUAACCGCUGCCAGUGAUGGAAGUGUGUCUUUUCCUGGCAGGAGGAAACUGGAUGAGAUAUAUCAUUUGCCAUGCGAAAGGUCAGAGUUCUAUUCCAUGAGUGACCUUCUAAAGCGUCCAAUUCUUUUCACGCCAAAUAACGAUAUGGAUAAGCUCACGUGCAUGGAUUUAACUUUCUACACUCAUAAUUCUAUUACCGAGGAUCACAGUGGAUCAGGACUUGAUCGACGUGACACGGAUUCUAGAAGCAGCAGCACUUUUUCUCCACCUCCACCUCCCAAGCGCAUCAAAUUGUAUCCUGCAGAUAGAGUUCUCUUAUAUGCCCGCCAAGAAUCCGAAGACACUUUCCAGCCUUUACACGUCAAUCCUCCAACGCUUGCUGGACUAGCGAGAGGGAUCGAGAAUAAAUACAAGCUAAACGCCAACUGUGUCAGAAACAUAUACAAAAGAUACAAAAAAGG